AUGGAUGGACUACAGGAGAAGGACAAACUUUUCUAUUUCAUGGAUGGACUACAAUCUUGGGCCUACAACGAGCUCAAGAGGAGAAAUGUCAAAGACAUUGAUGAAGCUAUUGCCGUGGCAGAAGAUCUAAUGGAAUUUCGAAAAGAAAGCACAGUUAAGAAGAAUAGUGGGGGAGAACAAACUAUGACGGAACCGGAACCAAAACAAAGCACACCCCACCCUUUAAAUACGAAAGGAAAGGAAAUCGAAGGAAGAAACCGAAGAGAAGAGCGAAAGGAGAUCAAGUGCUACUUGUGUGAUGGUCCUCACUUGAUCCGAGACUGUCCGAAGAAAAAGAUUUUCUAUGCGAUGGUUUUGCAAGAAGAAGAAGACGAAGCACAAAUAAGCUCAAUGCAUUUUCUGAACUCAAUAUCGAAAGAUGAGAUAAAAUCUUCUAAGAAGGAAGAAAAUAAAGGAGGGAGUCUCAUGUUCGUCGAAGUUAAAGUGAAUGCAAGGAACACUAAGGCACUAGUAGAUUCUGGAGCAACACAUAGUUUCAUCGCAGAGGAAGAAGCAAGGAAGUUGGGUAUUCAUUAUACAAAGGAGUUAGAUCAAUUGAAGGUUGUCAACUCUCCAUCUAACCCGAUCCUCGGAGUUUCUCGUGGAAUACCCAUGAAGAUUGCAGAAUGGGAAGGGACGAUCGACUUUAUAGUGGUUCCGAUGGACGACUAUCGCAUGGUACUAGGGAUGGAUUUCCUGGAUAUGGUAUGUCCUUGGUCGUUCGAAAGAGACAAUACCCUGCGUAUAACCAAGGGAUCAACUAUCCAUAUAAUUCCCUUGGAAAGAAGAAAGACAAAAGCUUGA